AUGGCGCCUCCAGGAGAGCCGCGUCCGGGCGAGAAGCCGCAACCGAUUGGCAACGCGCCGUUUAUAUUCCUCUUCACCACUGCCGCUUUCUGUGUCCUCUUCCUCAUCUGGCGACGAGCACACGCAUUGCGCAAAGUGGUAUCGGUAAAGUUGCGAGCACUUUCCGGUGAUGGAGGCGCCAUUCGGUUGUCUCAGGACGAGGGACCGUCCGCCGCAUCAUUCCUAGAAGAUGAGGGAUUGGACGAUGUCGAGCCUGCUGUUCUCGACGACCUCGCACUCCAGUCACAUGCGCUAGACUGGGAACAGGACCAGGCCGAACGUAACUGGAAGCCGUCCGGCGCGGUCGUGGUCGGGCCACCACGGGAUGAGUUCGAAACUCCCACCUCAUCGCUCUUCAUCUUUCAGACCCAUCUUGUACAUAUGCAUCUUCACGGACAUUACUCUCCCUCGAACACUUGUUGA